GCACAUAACAAUAAUGUUAUAUCGAAAGCUGCAUUGGCUCAACGUGCACGGCGAGAACGUGAAAGAAAUGAUAAGGCAAGUUCUUCAUAUCAAUUGGGACAAUGUUCGCGACGUGAACGAGAAAGAUCGAGAUAAUUGAUUCCACCAAGCACAACUAAUACUCCACCGGCUCAGAAAGGAGUAAUGUUUACACAUCUACUUUCGCCAAGCACAUCUUUAGCUUCACAAAGGAAUUGGCCUACUCAUGCAAACUCAUUGCUCCAUGAGACUAGGAAUAUCGGUGUUGUUAUUCGUGAUGAGUGCAAUCUUAAUAUUAUCCGCAAUUCUAAGGCAAAGGAAAAGGAAAAGGCCAAGGCAAUGUCUAAAGGAAAAGAAAAGGCAACUUCUUUUGACAAAUGGAAGGAAAACGCAUGUCCAAUGGAUUGGGUUAAAAAAUAUAUGGAGCUCAAAAAUAUAAAUACAACUAGAUUGCUUCGAUGGGGAUGUAACAAGAUUGUCGUGCAUGUUCCUCACUGGGGAUACAUAUAAGUUGAUACGAGGACUUUUUGGAAAGUGAUGAGGCGCUCCUAGGAUUUCUAAGAAAGAACAAGUUUGAAUCUCAUAUUUACUUUUGUGAAUAGCGUACAUAUGCUAGCUACGAUCCAUAUUUUGUAAAGUUUCCGAUCGAUGUGAAAUUUAUUACUUACAAUAGUUUUGUAAAGCCUUUUAUCUAUGUGAAAUUUAUAACUAAGUUUAGAUGUAUGUUAGAUAAUUUUCAUUUGAAUUAUUGAUUUAUGCUAUGAGUUUGUUUUUGUAAAUGUAACACACUAGGUGAUAUAUGUUUUUGUAAAUGUUAGAUAUUUUUUCUUCCUAAUAUGCUCUUGAAUUAGGUUAAACAAAACUAAUC